AUGAAAGAUUAUUAAUAGAAAAGAAGAUAAUUUAUAAGGGUUGUUGGAAAAUAUUGGAACAAGCAAAAAUAAAAAUUAUAAAAUUUCUAAUUUUGCUUUGACUUCACAAAAAAUAAUGAAAUUGAAUAGACAGGAUUUCAUGGAUAGAUCUUAAGAAGGUAUAAAUCUUUUUUUAUUUAAGAGAUUAUCUAAAAGGCAUAUGCUAAUAACCAGAAAUAUUAACAAAUUAUGAAUAAAUUAAAGAUUUAGAAGGGUUUGGAUAGUACAGUAAAGGAAUAAGAGGAAAGGUAAAUGGUAAGCUUAUUUGGAUGGAUAAAUCAUUUAGUAAGUUUAAGGUCAUUAUAGAAGGAGAUGAAAAAACAUAAAAUAUAUUAAAAAGGAAUGAAAUAAGGCUAUUGGAAAGAAUGCUUGAAAAUUUUUGCAAGUAUUCAUAUUAAUUCAACUAAUAGUAAAGUUAAUUGUAAAGAAUUAGGAGCAUACAAAAAUGACCAAAGUGUAGGAAAAUAGAUUUAUGUGUAUACAAUUAUAAUAUAAAUUAUUAAGAGGAGGAGGUUUUUACAAUCAUUAACAUUAAAAAAACGGAAAAUGGAUUUAAUUGAGAGAUGA